UUGGCGGUCCGGCGCGCACAGACAGCGCGGGGUAUACGGGGGCGGUCUAUUCGCAGGGUCCGCCCCAUGAGCUGCGGCACCGCCCCCGCGGGUCCUUCCAGUCCUGGUGCAGCUGCUUCCGGGCUUCGCGGCUCCCGGCGGCUCCCCGAGGCCGCGGCCCCGACGCUGGGCCCGGGAGCGGUCCCCGCGCACAGCGCCCGGACGCGUGGGUCCCGAAGUAGGCCCGCGCUUUGCUUCGUAACUGGGGAUCUCUGAGGACAUCUUAGUUCUGACCUUGUGGAGGCCGCGUCUCUGCUGCGUGUUCGCGGGCCAGUCGGGCCACUUUGUAGAAAUCAUAGCCCUCUAAAUCAAGGGACGAACGCUGCUGGCUGGAGUUUGCUGGACACUUUCAUUCCACCUCCUAACAAAGAGAAUUCCUAUUCCUUGAGGUCCCUUGGGGCAGCAGUUAAAGACUACACGAUCCAGGAGCACCUAGGACCUGGGGCCACCUUCCUGCCCGCUUUAUUGGAUGGAGCACUGCCUCCCCAGUUUCUGGGACACCUUGGGGUGUGGCCUUGGUGAGUGAAACUUGGGGUGCUGCCUGCUGGGAAGGAAAUCCGGAAACGCAGAGAGGACUCUCUGGUGGUGACCCAGGCCUUGUCAGAUCUGAGAUUCUUGGAAUCUCAGAUUGUGGGGGUGUGGAUGGUGAAUGAAUUUGGGUAUGCCCCCCUUUACCCCAGAACUGAAGAGGAAGCAAACUACUUGCCACAGUUGAGGCUGCAUGACUAUUCAGAGAAGGGAGGAGCCACUUCUGAAUUCAGAGUAGGACUGCAUCACCAGGCAAAUACCUGUUCUGAGCCAGAAAGACUCUGGCUUCUGAGGAGAUCCUGAGAGUCUGAGUAGUGCCAGGAAGCAGCCUCAGAAUUUGGGGGCCCAUUACACACCCCAGCCAUGUUCCUGCGACGGCUUGGUGGCUGGCUACCUCGCCCUUGGGACCGCCGGAAACCAAUGAGGCCUGACCCGCCUUACCCAGAACCCAGACGGGUGGACAGCUCCUCGGAGAAUUCAGGAAGUGACUGGGAUAGUGCCCCAGAAACCAUGGAAGAUGUGGGGCAUCCCAAGACUAAGGACUCGGGGGCAUUGAGGGUUUCUAGGGCUGCUUCCGAACCAAGCAAGGAGGAGCCCCAAGUUGAGCAGCUAGGGAGCAAAAGAAUGGAUUCCCUCAAGUGGGACCAGCCUAUCUCUAGCACUCAAGAGUCUGGGAGACUGGAGGCUGGAGGGGCCAGUCCCAAACUCGGAUGGGAUCAUGUGGAUUCAGGUGGCAUCAGGAGACCAGGGGUGUCCCCUGAAGGGGGACUGAGCGUCCCUGGGCCAGGAGCCCCAUUGGAGAAACCUGGUAGGCGUGAGAAGCUGUUGGGCUGGCUGCAGGGGGAACCAGGAGCUCCCUCCCGGUACUUGGGGGGCCCAGAAGAGUGUCUGCAGAUCUCCACCAACCUGACCCUGCAUCUUCUGGAGCUGCUGGCCUCUGCCCUGCUGGCCCUGUGCUCACGACCACUGCGGGCAGCCUUGGACACACUGGGCCUGCGUGGACCGCUGGGCCUCUGGCUACAUGGCCUACUGUCCUUCCUGGCUGCCCUGCAUGGGCUCCAUGCUGUUCUGAGCCUACUUACUGCCCACCCUUUGCACUUCGCCUGCCUCUUUGGUCUCCUGCAGGCCUUGGUGCUGGCUGUCAGCCUCCGGGAGCCCAAUGGGGAUGAGGCGGCCACUGACUGGGAGAGUGAGGGGUUGGAGAGGGAAGGUGAGGAGCAGAGGGGAGACCCGGGAAAGGGGCUGUGACCGUGGGGUGGGGGCAAAGGGUGAAGAGAGUGUGGGCUUUAGGAGAAAAGUGUGAGGCAUGACCCAAAUUGUAAGCAUAGGGACCUCAGGGAUGGGGAAGAAACCCCAGAGUACGAGGGUGCAGGGCCCCCCUUCAUACACAGGAGAGAACAGAACUAUUUAGGGUGUUUGUGUUUAUGGAUAGUGAGGGCACUGCCCUUGGAUUCACCAGCUGUUAUUUUUGCUUUUACUUUUCUCCCACCUUCAGUUUUUUUUUUUUUUUCCACCUCCACUUUUUAAAAGCAAAAAAAAAAAAAGUGUGGUGGUGGAGAAUAAAGACCAAAGGGUCCUCUCUACCUUUCAAAACUCUCCUGGGGUGGAGGAGACCAGGGCAGGAUAGACAGACCUCUGCAGUAAGAGAGUGGUUGGGAAACCCAGGGUGUUCCUUGGAUCUCAGGAUCUGAGCCAUCGAGGGAAGAGUGGGGCUGCUAGGCAAGUGGAUUAGGGGGUCUGGAUAGGGCCCCACAGGUGACAGGGAGCCUGCAGGGCGGAUCUGGUGAUCAUGGGAGCCAGAGGGAGUGGGGACAGUGCAGGCAGUAUUGGCAGACGGGCCAGUGCAGAAGGGCUGGUAGUUCAGGCAGUGUGGGGGAAGCACUGAAGCCUGUAGUCCCCACUUGGGGGCUAGGGGUUUGCUCACUCAGCAAUAAAUAACUGUGUCACAUCAAAUCCUAAAUAUACCACUACAAAGUGAGA